AUGUACGACCGUCGGAAUCGACCACAAGGUAAAGCCAGAUCCAUCAGCUCGGGCACCGAUGACAUCCAGAGCUCCGGCGAUAGUCACUCACAGGGGGAUUGCACUUCGCCCUCUACCAGUCUGAUCAGAACAUCGCCCCUGCAUCGAAUUUCCAUCUCCUCUGAUUGUGAAAACUCGCUGCUUAAUUACUACCUUGACUCCUUCCUCUCAAUGAUUCUUUUGCCAACCACUCAGCCCAGCGACUAUGCUGACUUUCGUUCGUACACCCUGAUUCUUGCGCUUGAAUGUCAAAGUGUCAAAGACGCGGUGAUGAGUAGCAGCGCCGCGAACAAGUACAUGCUGACGGGAGAUGACUACUUUCGGCGACUCUCGCUUGAGUACUACACCCGGGCGGUGAGAGAGGUCAAUCAUUCGCUGGCAAAUCUCGACUGCUCUCGCGAGAGCUGGGCAGAUCCGCUGAUUCUCAGUGUUGCUUACUUGUACAUACGCUCGUUCUGGGGCCCAGACGCUGAUAAAGACGCCCCCAAACAUGUUGCCGGGAUGCAGCAAUUAUUCAAGCUUCGGUAUGCUGGUGGCCCCUCACCUGUGAGCGCAGACCGAUCAUUUGAUCGUAUCAUGGCUGAAAGCGCACUGUACCAUUCAUUUCUUCUCGUCAUGCGAAGCCCAUUUGCGUUGAAUUUCCAUAUUGACAGGACCUUUUUAUCGAGAACUCUGGAUCUGCUUGAGCACCAUGUGUAUGUUGAGCCUACGGAGGCCGCGAAGAGUCCCGUUCUGGGUGCCCCGCCAUCGAUAUAUCGUCUAAUCCUGGACAUUGUUUACAUGUUCAACUCUCCCUCUCGCGCUGAUGCCAAGGAUUAUCGGAAACUUCGAUGCUCUAUGGACUAUUGGGAGCAUGUUCUCGAUAGCGACGCAUCGAUCUUUCGAGAUACCGAAUAUGGAGACGCCAUUGAGCUGUAUAUCCUUGCAGCCUCCCUUCUUCUCGAUUGGAUGACCGAACUUCCCCACGACAGUGGACCCAUUACCUUGAUUACUUUGUCGAUGCUGGGUGGCUCGACCACCAUCCACUCGGACGGAGAACUAAGGCCCAGAUGGCAGGUUGCUCGCGCGCUCUCCGUCCUUCGGCGCCCGGACACAAAAUGCUACUGGACGUGGUGCUACCUCAGCUCUUGGCCACUCCUGGUAUUCGGAUACGCGGUCGAGGAUGCCGACGAUAUGGACCUUGUCCAAGAGGUGCUGCACGAAUCACGUCAUUGCAUCGGAUAUGCUGAGAUGGAGCGAAUCAAGGGCGAGUUGGAGGAGGUUUGGCAGAUUCGGCAACAGAAAACCAAUGAACGAGUGUGCCUCCCCUUCGCAGUACCAACUCAUUCUCGUCAGAGGUUGAUUGAGCUUCCGACUUUGUGA